GCCAUGUGACCCACAUCAAAAUACUCCACCUGUUACAGGUCGGGUUCCAAUAUUUUUUGCACCACUGGUAAUUUUGAAAAAAAAAAAAAAUGUAUUAACUAGAGAUUUUUUUCCUCCACUAAAAUAUUUACCAGAUUAAUGAUGAAUUUAGUUUAAGGUUGUUUUUCUUUUUUAUUCACGCUGAAUGCCAAUAAUGUGACCGGCUCGAUGUAAGAUGCCACCAUGUGCUGUUGGUUCUCAGGGUUGUUUAUAAAGAAACCCUUGAAACAUUGUGACGUGUGGUUUAUUUGGGUUGAGUAAAGAUAACUAAUGGAUGUUAGUAGUUAACGCAUGUAUUUUUUAUAUGUGAUUUAACCAGCUGCUAGUUGCAUCUCUCUUGGAUUCUCGUCUCCUCCUGCGCUUGCGUUCCUCCGUUGUAGCAGAAGGAAAAGUGGGCGUGUUGUUGCCUUUGAGGCAGCAGCAGAGGCAGGCGGAGGUGACUGGAAAGGAUAUAUUUGACAAGCCGUGGCUUUGCGUAAGGGUUUGUUUGGGGUGAGUAAAGAAAGUCAACUCCUUUUUUAACUGCAACGUGUCCUUUGAGUACAAACAGCGUUUUAAAAAAACAAUUUAAAAAAAAAAUCACCGAUAGACUAAAACGGAGGGUGGGGGAGGGACUGCUUCUCCUCGCUCCAUCUCACAUUACCGAGCUAUAGUGGAGUGGCGAGGUCAGCACAGCUCCAGCUGCGACACGUGAACCUGCCUCCAAAUCCAAAUGUGAUCAAACGCCUCACACCCCUGCGUCGCAACUUUAUUCCUCCCCCAGAAGCCCCUUUUUUACGUACGAGGCCACGACCACGAGAGCGCAGCUGCGCGUGUAGCCGAGUGGACUCAGGAUGAGGCUGGGCGGCGUGGCCCAGCUACGUCCAGCCAGUCGGUCGGUGUUGUGAGUGGCAGCGGCAGCUGUGGAACGUGGAGGAAGAAAAUCCUCUCAUGGGACUUCCCGGUCCUGAAGCGCCUGAUCCGGAGGCAACGUGAGGUAGCGUGCGAGCCUCCAGAACACGGAGCGGAUACCAGCGGGUUCCGACUGGGAAAGACGAACCCGUCUUUGAGCCGAGCGCACAGAGGACCCCCGGACCUGAGGGCUGUGGGUACAUAGCAUGGGAGUGCAAUGUUGUCCAGGAAGGGACUCAUUCCUGAGGAUUACUUGCUGACACGACUAGCUGAGGAUGUUCUGCAGCCGACGUUCAAGGCCAAACAAGGGAAGGCUCGGUUUGUGGGAAAAAAUGGCACCUGCAACGUCGCGCACACCAACAUCCGAGAGCAGGGUCGGUUCUUACAGGACGUGUUCACGACGCUAGUGGAUUUAAAAUGGCUCCACACUCUCAUCAUUUUCACCAUGUCCUUCCUAUGCAGCUGGCUCCUGUUCGGGAUGAUCUGGUGGCUUGUGGCUUUUGCGCACGGAGACCUGGGUGAGACGGGGGAUGAUUUUGUCCCGUGCGUAACGGACAUCCACUCCUUCUCCUCCGCCUUCCUCUUCUCCAUAGAAGUCCAGGUGACCAUCGGCUUCGGGGGUCGGAUGAUCACGGAGGAGUGCGUCUCGGCCAUCAUCAUCCUCAUAGUGCAGAACAUCGUGGGACUGGUCAUCAACGCCAUCAUGCUGGGCUGCAUCUUCAUGAAAACUGCGCAGGCCCACCGGCGCGCGGAGACGCUCAUCUUCAGCAAGCACGCAGUCAUCUCCCUCCGAAACAGCAAGCUGUGUUUUAUGAUCCGCAUCGGGGACCUGAGGAAAAGCAUGAUCAUCAGCGCCACUGUGCGGAUGCAGGUGGUGAGGAGGAGCACCACAGAGGAGGGAGAGGUGGUGCCCCUUGACCAGAUCGACAUCCACAUGGAUAACCCGGUGGGGACCAACGGCGUCUUCCUGGUGUCCCCCCUCAUCAUCUGCCAUGUCAUCGACAAGUCCAGCCCCCUGUACGAGCUUUCACCGAACGACCUGCAGCACCAGGACCUGGAGGUGAUCGUGGUGCUGGAGGGGGUGGUGGAGACCACCGGCAUCACCACGCAGGCCAGGACUUCCUACGUGUCGGAGGAGAUCCUGUGGGGCCAGCGCUUCGUGCCGACGGUGUCCGAAGACGACGGCAUGUACGCAGUGGACUACUCCAAGUUUGGAAACACCGUCAAGGUACCGACGCCGUGCUGCAGCGCCAAGAAGCUGGAAGAGGCCGGUGGCGUCGCGCGGUUCAAGCUGAACGAGGGCGUCACCAUGCGGCCGUCCGUGAGAAGGCGGAGGGGGGCCGCGAUGGUGCGCAGGUCCAGGAUGGAGAACAAGUGAGGCGUUCUGCUUAAAACUGAGCCGCUUCACUUUCAGUAUCAUAAAUAAAAAAUCAUAUUUAUUUUACAUUUGCGCGCACAUGCACACAUAAACCUGUGUUUACCUCAGGAUCAGAGAGACAAAGCACUGAAAUAAUUCUGACUGUUGGAAUAGUUCAGAAUUUCAAACUUGGCGUUCUGUGAAAAGGUUACAAGUAGUAAAUGACCUAUUUAUCUUUAAUAAAUGAUCCUCAGUCCCUCC